UGUACCACCUUUAAUUUAACCUCAUUUCCCUCAAAAAAAUAAACAUUAAACACUGUCUCUCUCAAACUCAUAGCUGUUCUUUAUAUGUACGUUUUUUUUAAUAAUAUCUAUGUCUCCUUUUCAUUUAUUUAUCAUUCUGCAAAAAGAAAAAGUGAACUCGAAAACAAAACAACAGUAGUAGUGUGAAGAGGAAAAGUAGAAUCAAAGCUAUUUCUUUGUUACUUCCUUCUUCUUCAUCUCACUUCUUUUGCUUUACCAUCUUGCAAGAUAAGGUUUAUCAUCCAUAAUCCAUUAUUCAACCCGAAGCUCAUAAUGUGGAACAUGUCAACACUGAUUCUUCUGCUACUUCUUCAGUUUUCAUGCUCUCUUAUUGGUUAUACUACAGCUUCUGUUUCUUAUGACUCUAAAGCUAUCACCAUUAAUGGUCAAAGAAGGGUUCUCAUUUCUGGAUCCAUUCAUUAUCCAAGAAGCACCCCUGAGAUGUGGCCAGAUCUUAUUCAGAAGGCUAAAGAAGGAGGUUUAGAUGUGAUUCAGACUUAUGUUUUCUGGAAUGGACAUGAACCUUCACCUGGCAAAUAUUAUUUUGAGGGGAACUAUGAUUUGGUGAAGUUCAUAAAGUUGGUGCAGCAAGCUGGUCUCUAUGUGCAUCUGAGGAUUGGUCCAUAUGUUUGUGCUGAGUGGAACUUUGGGGGUUUUCCUGUUUGGUUGAAGUACAUUCCUGGAAUCAGUUUCAGAACAGACAAUGAACCAUUUAAGUUUCAAAUGCAAAAAUUUACUGAGAAGAUUGUUGAUAUGAUGAAAGAAGAAAGGUUAUAUGAGUCUCAAGGUGGUCCAAUAAUUCUAUCACAGAUUGAAAAUGAAUAUGGACCUAUGGAGUAUGAAAUUGGGGCUCCUGGUAAGUCCUACACAAAAUGGGCAGCAGAUAUGGCUAUAGGACUCGGUACCGGAGUUCCGUGGAUAAUGUGCAAGCAAGAUGACGCUCCUGAUCCUGUUAUUAACACCUGCAAUGGCUUCUAUUGUGAUUAUUUCUCUCCGAAUAAGGCUUAUAAACCGAAGAUGUGGACAGAAGCUUGGACUGGCUGGUUUACCGAGUUUGGAGGUCCGGUACCUCACCGACCUGCUGAAGACUUGGCGUUUUCGGUUGCAAGAUUUAUACAAAAAGGGGGAUCGUUUAUCAAUUAUUACAUGUAUCAUGGAGGAACAAAUUUCGGUAGAACUGCUGGUGGUCCAUUCAUUGCUACAAGCUACGACUAUGACGCACCUUUGGAUGAAUAUGGAUUGCUGAGGCAACCAAAAUGGGGUCAUCUGAAGGAUUUACAUAGAGCAAUAAAACUCUCUGAACCUGCUUUAGUUUCGGGAGAUCCUACCCUUACACGGAUCGGAACCUAUCAAGAGGCUCAUGUGUUUAAAUCGAAGUCGGGAGCUUGUGCUGCGUUUCUUGCAAACUAUAAUCCAAAAUCUUUUGCAACAGUGCCAUUUGGAAAUAUGCAUUACAACUUGCCUCCUUGGUCUAUAAGCAUUCUUCCCGACUGUAAAACAACGGUUUAUAACACCGCAAGGGUUGGUUCGCAGAGUGCCCAGAUGAAGAUGAGUCCCAUUCCUAUUCACGGUGGACUCUCUUGGGAAGUGUUUUCUGAGCAAACAGCCUCAACUGAUGAUAGUUCCUUCACCGUGACUGGUCUAUUGGAGCAGUUAAAUACAACAAGAGAUUUAACCGAUUACUUGUGGUACUCCACAGAUGUUGUAAUUGAUCCUAAUGAAGGAUUUUUGAGGAGCGGAAACGAUCCUGUUCUUACGGUGUUAUCUGCUGGGCAUGCUAUGCAUGUUUUCGUCAACGGUCAGAUGUCAGGAACUAUCUAUGGAAGCUUGGAAUUCCCCAAGCUAACAUUUAGCCAGAGUGUGAAGCUCAGACCUGGUGUCAACAAAAUCUCUCUUCUAAGUGUUGCAGUUGGACUCCCGAACGUUGGCCCUCAUUUCGAAACAUGGAAUGCUGGUGUUCUCGGCCCGAUUACGUUAAAUGGUCUCGAUGAAGGUAGACGGGACUUGUCUUGGCAGAAAUGGUCUUACAAGGUUGGUCUCAAUGGUGAAGCCUUGAGUCUUCAUUCUCUUAGUGGAAGUUCUUCAGUGGAUUGGGUUCAAGGCAGUUUAGUUUCUAAAAUGCAGCCGUUGACUUGGUACAAAACUACUUUCGAUGCCCCGGCCGGAAUUGCACCGUUUGCUUUAGACAUGGGAAGCAUGGGAAAAGGACAAGUGUGGUUAAAUGGACAGAAUCUCGGCCGUUACUGGCCUGCUUAUAAAGCAGCGUCUGGUAAAUGCGAAAACUGUGACUAUGCAGGAACUUAUAACGAGAAUAAAUGUAGAAGUAACUGCGGCGAGGCUUCUCAAAGAUGGUACCACAUUCCUCGUUCGUGGUUGGAACCAACCGGAAAUCUUUUGGUUGUGUUUGAAGAAUUAGGCGGAGAUCCGAAUGGAAUCUUUUUGGUUAGAAGGGAUAUAGACAGUGUAUGUGCCGAUAUUUACGAGUGGCAACCAAAUCUUAUAAGUUAUCAAAUGCAAAGUUCUGGUAAAUCUACCAAACCUAUUAGGCCAAAAGCACAUUUAUCAUGUGGCCCUGGACAGAAAAUUUCAUCGAUCAAAUUCGCUAGCUUCGGUACUCCAUUAGGAUCUUGUGGAAACUUUCAUGAAGGAAACUGCCAUGCUCACAAGUCUUAUAAUGCUCUUGAAAAGAAUUGUGUUGGACAGAACUCGUGCAAGGUAACAGUGUCGCCUGAAAAUUUUGGAGGAGAUCCAUGUCCAAAUGUCUUGAAGAAACUCUCGGUCGAGGCCAUUUGUACAUGAUCACUUCAACCUCAGAAAAUAAACGGAAAGAACUUUUAAGAUAGAUUUUCCCCCGACGACGAAAUCCGUAUUUUUGCCUCAAUGAAAUUCUAAACUACUUGAAGAUCAUCACCACAAGCAUUAAUUUGGCUUUCACCAAAGUGAAGUUGCAGAAAACACAACACACCGUCUGGUUGAAAGCCGGUAGAGAUUGCUGAUAUGAUUGUGGAUGUGUGUAUAUAUUUGUGCUAUUCUUGUUAUAUAGAGGUGAAAGGUGAUGGAGAUUUGAUUAGAUGCACAAUGAGACAAUACUAUUUGAGUCAAGUCCAUGUGCAAUUGAUUAUUAUAGUGUGGAAGCAUCUUGCUUCUUGUAUUAUUAGUAUUAUUUUUCUUUUGUAAGCUACAUUGAUAGAAACUUGAUUGUUUUCUUCAUGUAAGAAACUUUACAUGAUCAAUCAUAUGGAAAAAGGAGAAGAAUGGAAUGUGAUAUUGUUGCUUUUUUGUUGGA